AUGGAAGUUUUGGAUGUAGCGUUGUCAAGCACAGGAGAGUUGACUGGGCCCUCUCUUGGGUUCACCACGACGUCAAUGCUUGUCAAAAGUCAUGCUCCAGCUUUGAGAGUAAUAUUUGCACCUCUUGACUAUCCAAAUGCCGGCACAUCAAGUACUCUCAUGGCACUGGCCGAACAUUUCUCCAUCCCAACGACGUUCUGGUAUGAAAGAGUGCAAAGUGUGACCCAUUCUUUUGGACAUGAAGAACUUGACAACGGUGCAUUCCAAUCAUGGUUUCAUUUUCUGUGCAAAGCUAUCGAGCCCAAGCAUGACAACAUCUUGUGGCUGAGAAGUGCAUACUUUCUGCGUCGCGAUAAAUAUGGACUUUUGACCUUGAUCUGUUUCGGUUCUUCAAAAACCUUGGCUGAGAGGUUCGAGGGUUUGCCACAGAUUGUCUGGAGGACUGUUUUCGCUAAUCCUCUCGAUUUGUUCAAUGUUGUACUAGCAGACUUGCAUCGCCAGGUCGACGAGCAACUGUGGACAUUGAAUCGAUACGUUGGAGACUGUGAGAGAUAUGCCAUCGAUUCCACGGUGGUUACAAGUGACUUUGAUCAAAACUGGGUGGAUCUCCACUACAUCGCAAAGAACAUCAUACACGUCAAGGAAGCGGUCGAUGCCAUCUUGCGGACUAUCUCACACAUUGUCAGAGCGCAGACUCAAUGUGGAGGUGCAGGUUCGGUUGAAGCACGAAGGACAAUAUCAGGCCUUCAUUACUCGGAAAGUCUCUUUGAGUCAGUAGACCUGAGAGCCAUCAGCAUGGAGAAAAGGAUGCAGAAUGUGAUCAACCUCAGCUUCAAUCUUGUGGCACAAAAAGACAGUAGCAGGAUCAAAACUGAAAGCAGUUCGAUGCAUACGAUUGCUUUGACAACUUUGAUCUUUCUUCCCAUAUCCACUGUCGCAACGAUUUUCGGCAGCGCAUUUUUCAACUUCGGUGGAAAUGAACGAGGGGAUAUGAGCCUGUCAAAGCAUUUCUGGGUCUUUUGGGUCAUCAGUGUACCUUUGACCGUUGCGGUCUUGACAAUUUGGAUCUACUUUCAUCCAUCGAACCUGUGGCGUUGGCCUGGUCUGAAAAGAACACGGAAGUCUGACAGAGAAGCAUACCAGAUGCUUGACUUGCCCGGGAAGUGA